AGUAAAGCUCAGUAACGAGAGAGGGGAUGCUGCUCUCAAAUGACAAAAUACUUGUACUUUGUAUAAAUUGGUCUCAUAGUUCUAAGUUGAUUAAAGUGCUGGGUUUCAGCAGAAGCUGCACUUAACGGUAUAACAAACGCACCUGAAAGGUUUCCUUCUUCUCGUUACAGAUGGAUGGUGAUAGCUCCACAACGGAUGCUUCUCAGUUAGGAAUUUCUGGAGAUUACAUUGGUGGCAGUCACUAUGUGAUACAGCCUCACGAUGACACAGAGGACAGCAUGAAUGAUCACGAAGAUACAAAUGGCUCAAAAGAGAGUUUUAGAGAACAAGACAUAUAUCUUCCAAUUGCAAAUGUGGCAAGGAUAAUGAAAAAUGCCAUACCCCAAACAGGAAAGAUUGCUAAGGAUGCAAAGGAAUGUGUGCAAGAGUGUGUAAGUGAAUUCAUCAGCUUUAUAACGUCAGAAGCAAGUGAGAGGUGUCACCAAGAGAAAAGAAAGACCAUAAAUGGAGAGGAUAUUCUCUUUGCCAUGUCCACCUUGGGGUUUGAUAGCUAUGUUGAACCUUUGAAGUUAUACCUCCAAAAGUUCAGAGAGGCAAUGAAAGGAGAAAAGGGAAUUGGGGGAACAGUUACAACUGGAGAUGGUCUAAGUGAGGAGCUAACAGAGGAAGCAUUUACUAACCAGUUGCCAGCAGGCUUAAUAACUACAGACGGCCAACAGCAGAAUGUUAUGGUCUACACAACAUCAUAUCAACAGAUCUCUGGUGUUCAACAAAUUCAGUUCUCAUGAUUUGAAGAAAACUUUGUAUCUGGGAACACAAGACGGAAAAGCUGUGCAACUCUAACGAAGAGGCAGUUUUAAUGACUGGUGAAGAGACUUAUCUCUUUGUAUAUUAAAUAGCUGUAAUGUAGCUACCUGAAGCUUGACUAAUUGAGGUGUGAGUUCUGACUCAAAUCUUUUUCAUGAUGAUUUUAAAAAAAAAAAAAAAAAUUGGAUUUUAAAGGUAUUAAAGUAUUUUUGUUUUGUACAAGAGUUUGUUGCUCUGUAUAACUCCUGUAUGCAUUGUAUAUUGCAAUUUAUUACUGUCAGAGAUUUGUAGACAGUUUCUUAUUUUCAUAUUGAAUCAUGUUACUUUUGUAAUUCAGGUAAACAGCUGGGUUAAUUCAUGUUUACCCUUUGAAUAAAAUUGUAAGGGUAAAGUUCAUUUUUGAAUGCAAGUUGCCUUUAUUAUAAAGAUUGAGUUGGUCUUGGUUAUAUAACUUGUCUUGCAUGACAGCCUCAACUAACUUUACAUGCCAGCAUAUUUAUUGAAAUUUUGAAAGGGACUUUUUCCUCAUGAGACUAGAAGCUCAAAAGAAUUGCUACAACUGUUUUUUAUGUAACUUCAGAAUUAAAAAGUUAAUCAAAAACAACCAAUGCUCUACUGCAUUUAGAGGCUUAGAGCUUAGUGUUGAUGAAAACACUGCCUGUGUGUGAUGCAGGUCUUCAUUUCUUUUUUUUUUUUUUUUUUCAGUUGCAUUAAUUCUCCUUAGACUUACUUUGAGAUAUUUAAGGUAGUCUUUGUGCUACUGGAAUAAUUCUUCCUUUUUAUGUAUGGUUUUUAGAAUCCAAAACUUAGACAUUCAAGGGUAGUGGGGGGUGGAUUUUAUAGUCCUUGUGGUAAAGGAUCUCAUUUUAACUUUUUACUGAAAUGUUUUAAGGUUUCUUGUGAGACUGUGGGAACUCAAAUGUGUUAGCGACUUUCUGUGUACAGGCUGUGCGCGCGCGUGUGUGUGUGUGUGAGUGAUU